CCAAGUAUCUGUCAAAAGUAUCGAAAAUUAAAAUUAAGUUUGUCCUGGAAAAAUUAACUGAAAUCUGAACUUAAAAUUUAUAAAACAACGCUAAAUAAGUUAUUUUAAUAUAUACAACAUGUCUGAAACGGCGGAGGCUGCAAAGAUCAACAAAUGGGAUGGUGCUGCAGCAAAAAAUGCUGUUGAUGAUGCUAUUAGAGAGGUAAUGACUGGAGACUUAAAAUGCAAGGAAAGCUUUGCUCUAAUUGACGGUAGACUGUUCCUCUGUGCUCUGGCUGUUGGUGUGGCCCUUUACGCACUGCUAUGGGAUUAUCUUUAUCCAUUCCCUCAAUCAAGACUGGUUCUAAUCAUCUGUGUGUCAUCAUAUUUCAUACUGAUGGGUAUUUUGACCCUCUACACUACAUUCAAAGAGAAGGGCAUCUUUGUGGUAGCCAAGGAGAAGGUUGGAAAUAACACCAGGGUCUGGGAAGCCAGUUCUUAUGUAAAGAAACACGACGAUAAAUACAAUCUCGUAAUUGUUAUGCGAGACACGAAUGGCAACACUCGUGAGGCAUCCGUGACCAAGUCGUUUGCCAACUUCAUCGACGUGAACGGCACUGUAGUUCAAAACAUUGUAUCUAAUGAGAUCACCAAGCUGUACCACAGCCUCUCAUCUGAGAAGAAGGAAAAGUAAUUAAUUCUCUCUAUAUGUAAUUUAAGCAGGUCUGACAUUUAUGUGUAAUAAAACUUUGAUCUAAA